AUGAUAAAAGACUUACAAGAAUACCUGACUGAGAAUAAGAUAGGCCAUCUGUACCAUUUUUUUGAAAGACUUGGAAUAGACGAAUCGCAACUGUUGGCAAAACUAAAGUACUCUGAUCUUGAGAAGAUUGGGAUUGAGAAUUUAAUUGAACGACGCAAGGUUUUUGACGUGAUAAACGAAAUAAACCAGGAUAUGUAUAAUGAUGAAGUGUAUGCGCAUAAUGUAAGCAUCAGGGAUUAUUCAUGUGUUAGUGAUGUAUAUGAGAAUGAAUCAAGAUCAGGAACGGAUGGAAUUAAUACUGAGCUUUCAAUUGCUAUGAGAGGCAUUGAAAAGCAGCAUCGUAAUGCAAGUGAUGGAUGUAAAAAUAACAAUUAUUCUGUGCAUAAUACAAGUUAUGGAUGUAAGAAUGCAGAUUACACGGCAUGCACUACUGAAUCCUCGAAUUACUUAUCUGAAAACAAUCGUCACGAGGUGUUAUUUGGAGAAAGUGUAUCAAUAGAACAGAAGCUGUUUUCAUGCACAUUUAAUACAAAAGAACGUGAUAUGCUGCAUGAAGAAGGCAUGGGCAUUGAGAAGGAGUAUUCAAUGUUGGGCAUGAUUGAUCCGUGCUUUAUAUUACCUGAUGAAGUUAUGAUGAAUACAAGCACGCAGAAGGAAAAAAUAAUUGUUUGUGUGCGUAAGAAACCAUGCGAUAGCAUAAAAUCAGACAUAGUUGAAGUUGAUGGCCAAAGUAUAACAGUGAAUGAAUCAAAGACAAGAAUCGAUCUAACGCCGUAUGUUGAAAAGCAUAAAUUUGAGUUUGAUUAUUCAUUUAAUGGGAAUGUUACAAACAUUGGAUUGUAUAGAGAGUGUGUCAAGAGCAUUGUCAAUCAUGUUAUCUCAGGUGGAUUUGGCACAGUCAUAGCAUAUGGACAGACAGGUACGGGAAAGACUUACACAAUGCUUGAAAAAAACGCUGGAAUGUUGUAUCUGGCAAUGAAAGAUCUUAUUCUUAAGAAGCAGCAUGGAACAAUAACAUUUUGUGAAAUAUACAUGGGGCAAGUUUACGACCUUCUUGAUGGCAGCAAGAAAGUCCAUCUGCGAGAGGUCAACGGCGUUGUGCAUCUAGCGAAUUCAAAAGAAGAAGAUUUUGAUGGAUACGAAAGUGCAAUGAAUAUAAUAGACAAGGGCAUUGCACUUAGAAAAACUGGAAUUACAGGUGCCAACUCAAAGUCAUCGAGAUCACAUGCAGUGGUGCUGGUGAACUUUUUUGAAGAUUCAGGAGUCCAGUUUGAUCGUAGAACAAGUACAAAAGAAUAUGCAAGUAGAAAUAGCAGCAGAUCCAUUGUUUUUGUGGAUCUUGCAGGGAGUGAACGGGGAUCUGAUAGAAAGGACAUGAGUUCUGAUGUAAAGAACGAGGGUGCUGAAAUCAACAAGAGUCUGCUGGCGCUUAAAGAGUGUAUUAGAGGAAUGGAGAAGGACAAAAAACAUCUUCCAUUCAGACAAAGUAAACUGACUCAAAUUUUGAAGAAUUCAUUUGUUGGCAUGUCUAGAACGUGCCUGAUAGCUACAAUAUCACCAAGUCUCGACAAUGUAGAGCAUACUCUGAAUACAUUGAGAUACGCAGCAAGAAUAAAAGAAGGAACAUAUCAAGGAACCAGAGCAAUGGAGUCACCCAUUAAGAAAACAGCGGCUCAUUUGAAUCAUUCGAUGUCUAUAUCACCAAAACCUGAUUCCAAGCCCAAAAUGAAUGUUGGCAAUUUUCAACCACAAAUGCAAAUACCAAGUGCUAGCCAUCAAGAAAUUGUGCCUGAUAUCAUUAAGGUGUUAGAGCAGAUUGACACCAACAUCAUAGCUAUCGAGGAUCUGCGUCAAUUAGAAAAAAUACUGGAAGUGUGCAAAACAAUUGGGGAUAAGUAUAGAGCAUAA